AUGUGCAUGACUUAUCGGUUAUACUGCAAGGGUUUGGUGAGUGAAGAGGUGGUUAAGGAUGAGACUAGGCAGAUCGGUGGUUUUGGUGUGGCCAUAUGUCACGCCGAGGAUAACCGACUAUAUGAUGAAGAGUCCACAGACCAGGAAGUUGCGGAAUUGGCGGCCUUAGUUCAUGGGUUGACAUGGGCCUUGGAGCUUGAUUUGAAUUUAUGGAACCUGCGCAGUUUGAUCGUUGGACCCGAGAGUGGGAGCAGAUGUGGCGUUUUAAUGGCGAAGAACAAGCUCAUUGAAUACUCAAAAACGUUCUUCGUUGAUGCUGAGCGGUCAGGAGCCAGAAAGUGCAUGGGGUGUGGGCAUUGUUACUGCGACGACUGCGGAACAGAAUGGCAAUAUAACAUGACAUGUGAUGAAUACCGUGAAACAGAGUCUUAUCAGACAUCUUACGAAGCCAGGGCUAAGAGUUUAGGAGGGAAGAGAUGCAAGAAUUGCAAGUUGAUGAUUGUACCUCAUGGUGAAGGUUGCGGCCGUAUCACCUGCAGAUGCAACUACCGAGUCUGUUCUGUCUGUGAAGCUGGAUGGAAUGAGAAAACCGGAUGUAACUGGCUAACUGCUCCCGGGGCUAUGAUGAAUCCUAGUAGGGAACGGUUUUGGAGCCAGAGGGAGGACUACUAGAUUUUUCUGCGA